GUUUAUACACAUAUUGUAUAGUUUAUUGGUUAUCAUUGCAAUUGAAAGACAGGAAAACAACGACAACGACUUCUCUCAAUCGAAAAAACUAUGACAACUCCGCCGACAGCGACCAGUCAGCCGACGGCGGCGACAACGACCAGAUCAUCGGCAACCUAUGAAAAGCUGAAGAAGUCGGUCAAUGAGUUCGGCUUUGAACUGUUCAAAGUGUUUAUGUCUCGACACAAACAACAGCACCGAAACCUUUGCUUCAGUCCACUGGCGGUCUACGAUUCGUUGCUAAUGUCAAGAAUCGGUUCCAAAAAUAUUACCGAAAAACAGUUGUCCAAAAUGUUACACAUCAAUGAUAUCGCUGGCGCUGUCAUCGAUGAGUCGGUACUCAAUGAAUGGCAAGAUUUGCGUCAGACUAUGAUUAAGAACAAUCACGAUAUACUGAUGUUCAGCAACUUCUUGUACGUCGACGACAGUGUCCAACUCAAAGACAAAUAUCUGAAUCAAUUGAAAAAAUAUUUCAAUACUAAACCAAAAAAAGUUACAUUCAGUAAUGUUAAGGAAACGGUCAAAACGAUUAACGCCGACAGUCAGGAAAACACUGACGGUGUCAUCGAUGGUCUGAUAAUUGCCAAAGACAUUAGCGAAGACAACAAAAAUGUUCGGCUAAUUCUGGCCACUUCUUUGUUUUUUCGCGGCUUUUGGGCCCAAUGUUUCGAUCAAAUCGAGAAAAAAGAGUUUGUUAUUCCCAAUAAUGGCCAAUCUAUUAAAAUAAAUCUGCAAAUGAUUGGACAGUUGGGUCAGUUUCGGUAUAUGCAUAGUAGACAAUUGGAUGCCGACAUUGUGUCCAUACCGUACGUAACGAGUGACCUGCGAAUGGUUGUCAUUUUGCCGCGUGAUGUCAACAGUGACGGACAUUCAAUCAUUGAGUAUCUGAAUCGCGAUAUAUUCGCGACAAUUAUGGACACAUUGCAGACACGGGAGAAAACUGAAGUCAACGUCUGGAUACCGAGGUUUGCAUUGAACGCCCAGAAAGUAUCACUUCAGAGAACCAUCAAACAGAUGGGAGCCAUUGAUUUGUUUGAGGAGUCGUUGGCUGAUUUGGGCGAUAUGUGCGACCAGAAGAAGAUUCAUUUGACUAAAUUGGUUCACAAGACGUUUAUUCUGGUGGACGAAAGGGGUGCCACUCAUUCAACAUUCAAAGUUAAUCACAACAAUAAUCAUAACAACAAUCAUAAAUCCAAGACAUCAUCAACUAAUAAGACAGACCCAAACAAUAUUAUCAAAAAAUCUAUAGAAGAUCCCAAUUGUGUCUUAUUUAAGGCCAAUCAUCCGUUUGUUUUUAUCAUAACCGAUAAGACAACAAAAGUGGCACUUCUUAUGGUAUACUUUGGUGACGCCCGCGAAAUGUUGGAAGUGAUCCUCGAGAGUGAACUAACUGAGGAUCAGAUCACUAAAUUGUUAAGCGAAGUGUCUAACAAUCAUUAA